GUUGCCAUUGUAUCAACAACAGGUACGCGUUACGGUUCGUGUUUUCAUUAACUAAUUUUACGAUUCAAAAACGUUCAAUAAACAUUUUUUAAAAACCUUAUACAUAACUAGCUUUUUUAAAGAGAAGUGUUUUCUUUUUUUGUUGUUAGUUUGUUAUUGUGAUUUUUUACAAGAUAAAAAAGAAAAUCAAUUUGUUUUAUUAGAAGAUUAAAAGGUUUCGUGCGUGCAGGAAAAAGAUUUACAAGAUAAUGAAAACUCCGAUUAUGAACUGAAGUUUUAAUAAAAUCAUUCAAAGUGUUUACCUUCAACGAAUUCAGGAUGCGCGAUGCAGUUGGCCAUCCUAAUGAAAAUGAUGAAAUGUUGGAAACUGAAAGUAGAGGUGUUGCGGGUCGCGUUGCUGACCUAGAAAGACGUGUUCUUGAACAAGCAGAUGAACUUGUAUGCCUUAAAGCGACCCUCGCCGAGGUUUUGCGCCGCCUCAAUGUUGUCGAGGGUAUGCGUUUAUCACAACCCAUUUCUCAAAUGCCAACAACUCCAAUUAGAAAUGGUAAUGGGAAAGAACUUCGGUUAAGACCUCAAAGUUAUACUGGACCACCAGCAAGAUUGCAAAAUGAAUCUCGUCAAAAUCAACAAAAUCGAACGUAUGGUGGUUCGUCUUUGCCCCAACGAAGGGCUGUUCAUUACCAAUCAACUGGUUCUUUACAUAGUGACAGUCAAAGUUCGAGUAGCGUUUCUCCAAUUCCUUCGCCUUCACCGCGUGCUACACCACUGCCUUUAACAAGAAGGCCUCCGGUGAUUACAAGUCCUCAAAACACUAAUGGCACUUCAGCUUUACAUAAGAGGUGGAGUUCUACUGGAGAUUUUAAUCAAGUUAAUUCAUUACCAAGUCCACAAUCAAAAUUUUCCAACAAAUCAUUUCUUAAUCUUUUCACCAAAAACAAUCAACCUUCGCCAAAUGUUAAACAUGGCACCAAAGAUUCUUCUUACAACGAAGAAGACCAAACCAUAAAAAUCUUUAUGAGAGGUCGACCAAUUCACCUUCCAGCACCAUCAGAUAUUGCAGACACUUACGAUAUGUUAAAAGUUGAAACAGCCCCAUCGCAAAGAUUAAAAUUGGAUUGGGCUUAUGGAUAUAGAGGAAGAGAUUGCAGGUCGAAUCUUUAUUUCUUACCAACUGGGGAAAUGGUGUAUUUCGUUGCGGCGGUCGUGGUACUUUACAACCAAGAGGAACAAUGUCAGAGGCAUUAUUUGGGUCACACGGACGAUGUUAAAAGUUUGGCUAUUCAUCCAAAUAAACUUUUGAUUGCAAGCGGUCAAUGUGCAGGUCAUGAUAAAUCAACAGCAAGACCACACAUUAGAAUUUGGAACUCGGUUUCGCUUCAUACCCAAGCGAUUAUUGGAAUGAACGAUUUUAUUCAUUCAGUUUGUUGUUUAUCGUUUAGUAAAACUGAUGGGGGUUCUUUACUUGUUGCUAUUGAUGAUUCGAAUGAUCAUACAAUUUCAGUUUGGGAUUGGCAAAAAGGUGAUCAAGGAUAUAAAAUUACAGAAACAAAAUGUUCUGUUGAUACAAUUGUAGCAGCCGAGUUUCAUCCAUUAGACAGAAAUACAAUAGUAACGUGUGGAAAAUCCCAUAUUGGUUUUUGGACUUUAGAUGUUAAUGGGACUCUUUAUAAGCGAAUGGGGAUUUUUGAAACUCGCGAUAAACCAAAGUACGUCACUUGCGUGGCUUUCCUUCAAUCUGGAGAUGUUAUUACGGGAGAUUCAAACGGAAAUUUGGCGAUUUGGGGAAGGGGAACGAAUACGAUCCAAAAAUUCGUUAAGAAUUUACAUGAAGGUUCCAUUUUUACACUUUGCGUUUUAAAAGAUGGGAGUGUUGUAACAGGCGGGGGGAAAGAUGGGAGAGUUCAACAUCUCGAUUCGAAUAUGAAAAAAGUUGAAGAUGAUAUACAAAUUGAAGGUCACUUUGGAGGGAUUCGUGUAAUAUCCGAAGGAAGAGGUUCCCAACUCCUUUUAGGCACCACCAGAAAUUGCAUAUUAAUUGGGAACAACAGCAUAGGGUUCCAACCAAUUAUUUUAGGGCACGCAGACGAACUUUGGGCACUUUCAGCUCACCCAACGAUCCCCCAAUUCGUUACUGCCGGUCAAGAUAAAUUACUCCAAAUGUGGGAUUCGAUGUCACAUAGCAUAUUAUGGAGUAAAGAUAUUGGGGAACAAGCCCAAAGCGUUGCUUUUUCUGCUGAUGGGACCGUUGUGGCUGUUGGUUGUGUAAAUGGGCGUUGGAUGGUUUUUGACACUCAAACUAGAGAGCUUUUGGGGCAACACCAAGAUGGAGUUGAACCCAUCCAGGUUAUUCAAUAUUCUCCAGAUGGAAAUUUGGUUGCUAUUGGGUCAAGAGAUAAUCAUAUUUAUAUAUAUCAAGUUAAUGAUGGAGGAAUUCGAUGUAGUAAAGUUGGGAAGUGCAUGGGUCCAAAAGGAAAUGGGGGUCCAAAAGGAAAUGGGGGUCAUUCCAGUUUUGUAACCCACAUUGAUUGGUCAUCAGAUAGUCAAAUCAUAAGGAGCAAUUCUGGAGAUUAUGAAGUCUUAUAUUGGAAUGCAACAACUUGUCGCCAAAUAACACAAAUAAACGCAAUUCGCGACGUUGAUUGGGCUACAAAUACUUGUACAAUAUCGUUCUCAACUGUAGGAAUUUGGCCUGAAAAUGCUGAUGGUUCAGAUGUAAAUGCAUGCGAUAGGAGUCAUGAUAGGACUUUAAUGGUUACAGCUGAUGAUUUUGGGAAGGUUAAGUUGUAUUCUUACCCGGUUAUACAACCAAAAUCAUUAAGUCAUGUUUAUGGUGGUCAUAGCAGUCAUGUAACAAACGUGGCGUUUCUUCAUGACGAUACAAGAUUGAUUAGCGUUGGCGGAAAAGAUACAAGCGUUUUACAAUGGACGGUUUCAUAAAUAUCUAAGAAUUUGAUUUUGUUUAAAUGUUAAUUAAUCAAGUUCACGCUGAUGCCUGAUUUAGGAUAGUUUUAAGUUACAAUGACUAGCAUAUCUUUGAUUAGGAAUUAAAAUGGAUUAAUCUCUUUAUUUAUUAUCACGUCAAUUCCUAUUUUUUUUUGUAAUUUCCUAGAAUUAAGUGUUUACUGUUUAUCAACUGAAUAUAAAAUUUUUAAUAUUCGGUCUAGUCCACGUUCUAAUAUUUAAACGUUUCUAUAGGAUUCGAUUCUUUUAGAAAGGUAAGAACACAAUUUGCUACAUAGUGUUACAAAAAUGUUUUCAAAAAUAACGUCUGUUGUGUGUCUAAACGUUUAACACAAAUAUAUUUUUUUGUAAUGUCUAAUUCGUAUUUCAUACAUGUGAUAAAAUAAUAAAAACAUUCCUAUGCAAGAAAA